CCCCACACCGCCUGGGGCCGCAGCUGACACCGGCUCGGCCCCAGCACCAAACCCGGGACUCAGAUCCCGGCUCCUCUCGGCCACCGCCGCCUGAGAAUCUGCUGGCAGGAUGUAGACUUUCCUGGGUUAGAAUAAAAACAUUUCGGAGAGAUGCAGCCACAGAGCCCCCAAUAGUUGUCAAGCAAUUGAUCAAGGGCUGUUAAGUGGUGGUAAGAGGGAAGGAGGGGACCACCCCUAGGGCAUCCAGCACAGCCCCCCGCCGCUUCCUCCUCCCCGAGAAGGUCUGGCGGGGGUAGGGCGUGGGGGAUGAUCGUGAUGCCCACAUCCUCCCCUCCGCUUUCCUGGAGGAGAGGCGAGGGACGUUGGCUGAGAGGCGUUGCCGUGUGUUUGGAAGGUGCUUUCUACUGGCGGAUGCCGCUGCCCUGUGCAGCCGCCUGGCUUCUCCUGGCUGCGGUGUCUGCAGAUGUUCUGUUCAUGGGAUUGCUGGCCAUGUGGUCAAUAUAUAGACCAAGGCCUCGUUCAACAGUUUGGGUUCUGUGUGAUGGGCAAGGUGGGGUCCCUAGGCUGCAGCCAGACUCCAGAGCUUUGCGCUACAUGAAGAGGCUCUAUAAGGCCUAUGCUACCAAGGAGGGGAUCCCUAAAUCCAACAGAAGUCACCUCUACAACACUGUUCGGCUCUUCACCCCUCAUGUCCAGCCCGACAAGCAGGCUUCUGUGGACCAGGUGACAGGAACCGUGCCAUCAGUGGACCUGCUGUUUAACCUGGAUCGAGUUACUGCCGUGGAACACCUACUCAAGUCAGUCUUGCUAUAUACUUUCAACAACAACUCAGUUUCUUUCCCCUCCGCUGCCAAAUGUGUGUGCCACCUGGUGCUGAAAGAGCCAGCGUCUAGUUCCAGCAAGACACUCCCUAGAGCUCCACACUCCGUUACCUUUAAGUCACAGUUUGAAUUAAAAAAGAAAUACAAAUGGGUUGAGGUUGAUGUGACUGCCCUGCUUCAGCCUCUGGUGGCCUCCGACAAGAGAAGUGUUCACGUGUCUGUGACCUUUACAUGCGUGAAAGCCCAGCUGCAGCACCCCUCAGCACAGGACGGUCCCCUCAACCUGGCGCGCCCCUCACUGCUUCUGUACCUGAACGACACAAGUGCGCAGGCUCAUCACAGGCGGCAUUCCCUCCACUAUAAAAGGAGCCCGUCACAGGUUCCUGACCAGGGAGGUCUGCCUGCCUGUCCUAUAGGAGAAGAGGCUGCUAAGGGAGUAAGAUCUUCCCGUCACCGUCACCGGAGAGGACAGGAAACUGUCAGCUCAGGAUUGAAGAAGCCUCUGGUUCCAGCUGCUUUCAACCUGAGUGAAUACUUCAAACAGUUCCUUUUUCCCCAAAACGAGUGUGAGCUCCAUGACUUUAGACUUAGCUUUAGUCAGCUGAAGUGGGACAACUGGAUUGUGGCCCCGCACAGAUAUAACCCCCGGUACUGUAAAGGGGACUGUCCAAGGGCAGUUGGGCAUCGGUAUGGCUCUCCAGUUCACACCAUGGUGCAGAACAUCAUCUAUGAGAAGCAGCUUGACUCCUCGGUGCCAAGACCAUCGUGUGUGCCUGCCAAGUACAGCCCUCUGAGUGUGCUGACCAUUGAGCCUGAUGGCUCAAUAGCUUAUAAAGAAUAUGAAGAUAUGAUAGCCACUAAGUGCACCUGUCGUUAACAGAUGGUCCUCUAAAACCUUGAGCCUCUUUGGCAAAGUAAAUGCCCUGCGCCCACCUGUGCCUUCAUGUGUCGAAUCUCUAAAUAUAAUGCAGUGUGUCUUGUAUAAGGAGGAGUCUGUGUAGAUUAGCACAUUCUGUGGUAUCUGUCAGUGUAAAGGGACAUCUGCCUUUUUAUUUACAAAUGUAAAUGAGUGUAAUUAUUUUGGUGGGCUUUCCAUUUUUUUCCCCCUAAGCAGUUAUUUUUUUCUUUUCAUAAGUCUUUUUUUUAAUGUUAAAAACUUAAUGAGCAUUAAUUUUGAAUGGAAUUGCAGCUCUAAGUAGACAAUUCAGAAUGUUGUAGUCUUAUUUAAUGGAAGAAUAAAUUCCUGCCAGUGGCAUAAA